UUUUGUUUUGGUAGCACACCGCAUAAUUUGGAUCACAUUAAAAUAAGGUAAAUGUAACUGUCUUGCAUAAUACACUAGGAAACAAGCAGAGCCACGAGCAGAACCAGAAUCCACACUACCACCGGCUUGGCGAACGCAUAAGUGAACAGUAUGAGUGAGGUUUCGAAAAAAGCUGCCUCUAACGGUCAUGAGAAGAUGGUGAUUUCCAAAGAACAUCAGGCAAAGAUUGCUGAGCUGAGAAGGUUGAUAGGGCCAUUAUCAGCUAAGGAAUCUCUGUACUGUACUGAUGCAUCCAUCGCAAGGUAUUUAAGCUCACGAAAUUGGAAUGUCAUCAAGGCAGCUCAAAUGUUGAAGCAGAGCCUAAAAUGGAGAAAAGAAUACAAACCUGAAGAGAUUCGCUGGGAAGAGGUUGCUGAUGAAGCAAAGACAGGGUUGAUGUAUAAACCAAAUUAUCAUGACAAAUAUGGGAGAUCAGUGCUUGUAAUGAGACCUUGUCUCCAGAAUUCCAAGUCAACACAAGGACAGAUUAAGCAUUUUGUGUACUGCAUGGAGAGCGCCAUUUUCAAUCUUGCACCAAACCAGGAACAGGUGGUCUGGUUGGUAGAUUUCCAGGGUUUCAAGUUGUCAAAUAUAUCAGUCAAGGUUGCUCGCGAAACUGCCCAUGUGGUGCAAGAGUAUUAUCCAAAGCGGCUGGGCUUGGCAAUACUGUACAAUGCACCCAUGAUCUUCCAACCAUUUUUCUCGAUGGUAAAGCCCUUUUUAGAGACUGAGACUCAUAACAAAAUAAAGUUUGGCUAUUCAAACGACCACAGUACAAAGAAGAUUAUGGAGGAUUUGUUUGAUCAGAGUAUUCUUGAAUCUGCAUUUGGGGGGAAAGGAGAAACAGGAGUUGACAUUAAUAAAUAUGCUGAGAGAAUGAAAGAGGAUGACAGUAAGAAACUUUCUUUCUGGACACCGGUCAAGUCUCUGUCAUCAGUUUCACACAAUGCCCCCUUAGAUUCAAUCAGGUUAGAUGCAGAUUCUGAUGCUUCCAACAAUGAGAAAAUUCUUGUUCCUAACUGAUCAAUACAUCUUGGUGUCUUUAAAAUUCGAUCGCAUUGGGAUGAGAAAUUACAUACGUAAUCAGUGUUGAGUCAAUUGUAAUGCAGCAGGAAACUAUGACGCUAUAGUUUGAAGCCUAAUUCAAGAACAUUAUGUAUCAACUUUAUGUAUGAUUAAUGAUGACAACAACAUUGCCUAGUGGCUUGAAGCUUCUGAGCUUCGACAUUGGCAAGAAAUUCAUAUCAGCUUCUUAUGUGAUUGACAAUA